UUUAAUUUUUUUUUUAUUAGGAUAAUAUUUAUAUUUUAUAUAUACAAAUGAUUUAUAUAUCGAUAGCUUAAUAUAUAUAUUAUUUAUAUAACAGCAAAUACAAUAGAUAUUAUCCUUAAAUAUCUUGUAACUAAAUAAUUCAAAUGUUGAAUACAUUAAAUAUAGUACUUAGUUUAUCAUGUUAUUCAAUAUUUUUUUAUUAUUUUUCAUAAUUUUUGUUAAAAUUAUCUAUAUAUACUAUGCCAAGUGAAAUAAAUGAAUUUAAUGAUGAACCGCUUUCAAUAUCUUAUAACGAAAAUGUUGAAAGAAUUACAGGUAUUAACCAUAAAGAAUUUGGAAUUCCUUUCCAUAUCCUAAAACAUAGACAACAAUUUUGGGAUGAAUUGUUUUAUAGAUAUUCAGAACAAUCAUCUGAUGAAACUGUAUUGAAUAUUUCAUCAUUAAAACCUGUUGAGAAUGAAUCUAUAUUAAUAGAUCAAAUUUAUAGAAAUGAAUAUAAACCAUUCAAUGUAAUACAAUAUUGGAUAAAUACUAGUUAUUUACCUUAUAAAAAACUUUAUAUAGAUAAAGAUACACAGUCUGGUAUUGAAUUAUCUCAUUCAACUGAAUUAUGUAUAUCACAUAAGUCUUCACAUAAGUCUUCUAGUAGCUCAGUUGAUACUGCUACAUAUAUUUUGUCAAAUAUGAAUACAACUAAUAAAAUAGAAACUAUGGCUAUUAUAGAAGGAGCAAAACAUAAUACAAUAGAAACUUUUCAAGAUAUAGAAAAUACUAAAAAAUUACAAAUUACUGCUAAUAACAUGCAUGAAAAGAAUAAUGAACAUAAAAACAAUAAUGGUAAUGACGAGCAAUAUUGCAUAUUGAAUGAAACUCAUAAAAUGUUAAAUCAUGAAUUACAACAGCAAAAUAUAGAUAUAGAAAAAAAUAUAUCACAAUUACAGAAAAAUGUAGAUGUUAAUAAUGAUGAUACAUUUUUAGUUGAUACGCAUGAUGAAUUAAUUAAUAAUAAUUCAAAUAAAAAUUCUUGUAUUGAACAAAAUUUAUCAAAUGUGAAAAUAUUGCAUAUCGAUCAAAAUAAUUUGACAAACAGUUUUGAAUUGCAAAAUAACACUACAAAAAUAGGACAUCGAAAAAAAUUAUACACUGGUAGAAAUUCGCCAGUUGAUCUUAUUAACACGACAACAAAUAAUAAAAACACAAUAUUUCAGUCAAAACAAAAUUUACAUCCUGCAUUAGAUUUUGAAUGUACAUUAUCAAAAAGAUAUAAAAUUUGGAAAAAAAGGAAAAGUCAAUUUUCUAUAUAUAAUAAAUAUCUUAUGAAUAAUACACAAUUUAAUACUUUAAGCCAUAAAAAACAAAGAAAAAGAUCAAAAUUAAAAGAAACAUUAGUAAAAAAUAAUAAGACUGUUUAUAUAAAUAACAAUACUAUUCAAAAGAAUUCAAAAAUAAAUCAACAAUCAAUGAAAUGUAAUAUUGAUCAAAGUAUAAAUAGACUUCCAUCAAUUAAUGACUUAACAAAUAUAAAAAACAAAUUUAAUGAAUUAAUCAAUUAUGAAGAAAAAACAAAUGCAGAAGAAUAUAAAAGAACUAAUGAUAAAAUAAAUUUAAAUCCAAUAAUUUAUCUAACGCGAUUAUCUAAAGACGAUAUUGAAAAAUAUAGAGGUUCGAGAAAGACAAUAGAAAACAUUAAUAAUUCAAUUCAAUUAUCAAUUAAUAAUCAAAAGCAUAAAAAAUUGAAUGAAACAAUAAAAUUAAAAAAUUUAACUGUUUGUUUAACACGUUUAUCAAAACUUGAUAUUGAAAAAUAUAAAAAAUCAAAAAAUGUAUUACCAGAAAUAAUAAAUUCAAAUUUAUAUGUUUGUUUAGAACAAUUACCAGAAAUUAAAACUCAGAAAUGUAAAAGUAUUAAAAGAGUAAGUAAUAAAGAAUUAAGUAAAAAUGAUUUAUUAUCAGAAUCUAUCCAAUCACAAAAUGAUAAAAUAAAUAUUCAUAAAUUUUUUCAACGCAAUGCAUUAAACUAUACUUAUUCCAGUAAUGAUUCCGGUACUAAUUCUUAUAGUAAUAUUAAUUUAAUAACAGAAGAUACCAAUAGUGAUCAAAGUACUGUUUUAAUUUAUAAAUGUAGUAAUACAUCGUUUGAUUUGUCUAGCUCUUCAUCUUUAUUGUCAGAAAACAGUUCUCAAUUUGAUUUUUCAAAAACUUUCAAUAAUUAUAUUUUAAAAUCAAAAAGAAGAUAUAAUAAAAAAGAAAAGAAAUUAAAUAAUAAAGUAUUUGAUAGGAAAAUAAAUACAACAGAAGAAAGUAUUAAAAAUAAAAUAGAAACAAUAAGUGAUAAAAAUCAAUCAAAUUGUAUUGCUGAUAAAAAUAAAUGUAAUAUAAAAAAUAAAAAACUUAGUAAUAUAAAUGAUUCUUGUAAGAAUGAUUCUUGUAAGAAAAGUUCAAAUAUAAAUAAAAAUAUAUUUUUAAAUGAAAAUGUAUACCAGAACAUAAACAAUAUAACUUUAUCUUCCAAUAAAUCAGAAAUAAGUUCUGAAAGUAGUAGCAUAUAUACAAGUAAUAAGAAGAAGAGACCACGUGUUGUAUCCGAUGAAGAAGAUUUUGUACAUUGUUUAAAAGAUACACAAAAAUUGAAAUUAAAACAUUAUAAAAUGUUAAAUCAAAAUUUAAAUGAUAUGAAUAAAAAAAUAAAAACAAGAAAAAAUGUAAUAAAAUAUCCAAAUUUAAAUAUUUCAUUAAAUGAACCAGAACUUCUGACUAAAAAUAUUAGUUCUAAAAAACAGGAAAAAGAUGUUACCUCAAUCAAGAGGCAAAAGUCUUUGCAACAAAACAAUUUAUCUGUAGAAAAAGACUGUAAUCAAAGCACAAUUAAAGCACAAACUGUAACUAAAGAUCAAAUAAAAAAAUUAUCUAAAGUUAAUACUUCACAAAUUGAAAAAAAAUCUCAUAUAAGCCAUUUACUUUUUAAGACAAAGAUAUUUAGUUCUGAUUCGGAUUCCGAAUAUUUGACAGAAUGACAUUGUUCAUUUAAUAAUUUAUUCUUAGAUGACAAAAAAAUAAAUUACUAAAAAGUAAUUCAUACUAUCAUUAUAUUUUUUUAUAAAAUAAUUGUAUUUUGUUAUUUGUCAAAUUUUCAAAAAAAUUUCUUCCAUAAUAUAAAAUGAUGAACUUGUAUUGCAAUUGUUUAUAAAAUCAAAUAUUGUUGAGAUAUAAUAUAAGUAAAUUAAUAUGCAAUAUAAAUUUCAUAUAUGGGGUGCAUGUUAAGUUUUUUCUUAGACCUAAAAACGUAAUUCUAUGCCAAAUCAGUCACUUUUUAAAAGAUUUUUUUUAAAAUUAAGAUAUUAAAAUACAGAUAAUAUAUAAAAAUUUAUUUGUAAAUAUUUUAGAUAAAAGAUAUGUCUCAAUAAUUUGUCUCAAUGAUCAAUACAAUACGAUUAAAAAUUUUGCAUUUAAAAAGAUAAUUUAAUUUUAAGUAUAUUAGAAAAAGAUAUUCAUAAAUUUAUUAUUUUCACAUAAUAUUAUAAAAAAAUUACUGAUUAAAAAAUAAAUUUUUUUACAUAAUAAGUAAAGUUGAUAAAUUUUCAUCUCUAUUUUUGACGAAUAUAAUAGGCGAAUAGGAAAAUCUGAUUGCAGUAAUGUAUAAUAUAUAAAAAAAUGAUUGUUUUUUGUUAAAAUAAUAAGGGACAUAAUAAAGGACACAAUUUAUUGAUUUAUAAAGCUUAUUGUUGCUUUAUUAAUUAAAUAUGAAAAAAUAUAUUAUAUUGUUUUUGUUAUAGAUAUCAAAAAAUAUGAAAUAAAUCUGAAUUGACAUUUGUAUUACACAAAAUAGUAAUAAGUACAGGUUCAAAUUUUACAAAAAUUUUUGUUAUCGAAUUUACAUUAAGCAUGCAUCAAAUGGUGUAGAAUUUUUUUUGUACAUAACAUGUCAUAACUAAAAAGCUAUUAAAAAUGGAAUUCUUGCUGCAAAGUCCCCAAUUUAUCAUCGCAUUAAUUUUUUUAAAUCAACAAAAUAAUGAUUAUAUUUCUUCUAAUUUCACGUAAAUUACAUUAUAUUUCACUUUAAAAAAAAUCUUCAAUUUGGAUAUAAAAAAUGAUUGUAUAUUUAUAACAUAGAUUAAUGCUGAUUUUUUUUUCGAUAUUUUAUCAUGAUUUAUAUUAAAAUGUAAUAAUUUAUAUCUUUUUUUAUUAAUUAAAAAAUAAUUUUU